UUUUCGCUAUUGAGAAGACGCCAGUAAUUUCUGUCUAAUUUUCUGCUAUGUGGCCGAUUUGGAUAGUUGCGCUUAGUUUGAUUCAUUAUGGAUAUACUCAGACAAAAAAACGUGGUGUUUGUCCGCCUAUAUUGGACCAACCAAUUGGUUUUUGUUUUACAGCUUUAUUCAGUUCCAAUUGCUUUGGAGAUGACGCCAAUUGUCCAGGGAAUGAGAAAUGCUGCCCAACUGAAUGUCGUUCAAAAAACUGUAGAAAACCUCUAUUGAAAAAACUACCGGGAUGUCCAGUUGACAACCGUAUUUGCAAGAGAUAUCAACAGCUCUGUAACUCUGAAAAGGACUGUAAGAAUGGUUACAUUUGCUGUUUUAAUCCUUCCUGUGGCACUUCAUGCAAAGCAGAAAUAAAGAAGAUCGUGUCUUUAUCAGCUUGUACCACGGGAACUCCAUUGCUGGGAAUAAAUUGCGGUAGAUCACCAAACAGAAAAAAAUGUCCAAAAGGAUACAGGUGUAAAACUAAUCGAUUAGAUCGUUUUGCUUUUUGCUGUCCAGUUUGAGAAGAUGUCUUCCAUACUACACGUUUGACUUGUGCUACCCAAAGUGAAAAUACCAGGACAUUUGUUUUCAAAAAUUGUGCUACCUGUAAUUUGAAAGAAAUUU